GAUUGGACCCCGCGAGCUAACAUAUUGGUUGAACAAGUCCGACAUUCUACACUUCAAUGGAGGAACAGCCCAAAGAUCGGGCACAAGAACGGCAAUAUUUCCACCACGGAGAGGACAGACACCCUACUCAACAUACAACUUGUCUAAAAAAUGAUCAGACCCACUUCCAGCGCCAGCAUCAGGAAACGCAGACGAAGAAAACAGGUUGGGCCAUCCGGAAAAGCAAUAAAAAAGUAAGCAUCUGUGAGGAGGAGGGGGAGAAGAAACCACAUCUGUCUGACACUGUUGGUAUGUCGCAUACCCCCAACAGCAAUGGUAACAGACACACAAGUAAUGCAAAUGUGAAGCAGAAAUCAACGCAAAAGCUGUACACAACUGUUCCAAAAGUGAGCAGCAAAGGAUUGGACCUUAAGAAGAAUAUGGACCUUAAAAAUGACAAUGAAAAGGCUCUGGAUUUGAAUCAUCAUGAGGGACAACUUAUGGAUAAGAAAGACUCCGUGUUGCUUCAAAAUGGCAUUGUAAACUGUGGCUUAAUUACAAAUGGCUAUUCUAGCAAGGACAAUGAUGGCAGCGGCUCCGAAGGUGGAUAUACUACUCCGAAGAAACGCAAGGCCAGAUGUAACAACGCCAAGAACACUGAUUAUGUGAUAAGAGACAAGGAGAAAGACAUGCAGCAGGGUGGCAGUUCUCAAGAGCAUGGGACUUUUAAUCUUGAGACAACUGAGAAGGGAGUGACUUCUAGACUUGAUGGCUUUAGAGCCGCCCAUAAAGGAGAAGCUCAUUCAGCAACUAGACGGGCUGUUGUGUCGGAGGCUUCAAUGGGUGAAUCUCAGAGGAAGAACUCUGAUGGCAAAAUAGUUGGCACCUUUGGUAAAAAGACUGAGGAGAGGCACAAAGCUAAGCUUUCCUCACCUUCAAAAGAGGACUCAUGGACUUUGUUUAAGCCUCCUCCAGUAUUUCCUGUGGACAAUAGCAGUGCAAAAAUUGUUCCCAAGAUCAGUUAUGCAAGUAAAGUAAAAGAGAACCUCAACAAAGUAGCUCAAGUUGGAGGAGAGGCACUGCCUCCUCCUGUCAGACUGUCACAGGUCCCUAUGUCUGCUGUGAAAACUAUCACCUCAGCUAGCUUUACUAAUGGCCCUGUGUCUGGAAACGCUAAUGGCUGUCCAUCAGUGGGUACCUUCUUUGCUCCUGCUGCUAGUAGUAUUCCACCAGCCCCAUCUAUCCCAAGUGGCGAGAAUGUAGCAUCUCCUUUGGAAAGUAACUGUAGCUCUACGACCAGUCCCGUAGAUGGAGAAGCAUAUGAGCUCAGAAAGUGUACUCUUUUAAUUUACCCUUUAAAUAUGCAACCUGUGCUCCCUAGUGCUCGUCACCUCGACCCACCGGCUGCUCAGACAAAUCAGAAAGCCUUGGGAGAUAUCUUCCAGAAUCAAUGGGGACUUUCCUUCAUAAAUGAGCCCAACUUGGGGCCAGAAGGAGGAGGCGGCAAGGGGCCUGCAGAGGACAAGACUACUGUGGUCACACCUCAAAGCGAGUGUCAGGCUGUUGCUGCCAAGGCUGCUCAGCCCUGCUUUGAUGUUAGCCCAUCAUUCUUAGAGCUCGGCACUUUAGCUCAAGACCCUGAGAAAAGGACUUGUGGCCCCUGCAAUGUGUCUAAUGCAUGUUCUCCUGCUUGUGUGCCGGGUGAGGAUGAGAGCAAGCGAUGUGGCCAGGAAAAGACAAAAGUUGUGGCCAAGGGGGCAGGUUCUGCUGUGUUGGCUCCCAGUAAAGACAACGGUGCUAAGCCUGCACAGGGCCAGCUAACCACUGUGUCGUUUGGCUCAUCUAAACAACAGGCCCACUCUAAAGACAUUGGCAGAAGGUGUAGCUUGGGAUCCUUUGAUAUUAAAGCUGCUGUCACUUAUCACACUAAAGAAAUGGAAUUCAUUUUCAACUUGCAAAAACAAGAUCCAAAAAGAGUAGUGGUUUAUGAUGAGACCAAGGAUGGACCUGAUCAGUGAGGUAGAUGGUCUACAGUACUUACCCUCUUCUCUUCUGUGUGCUGCGAUUAUCUUCCUUGGGAAUCAUAAAUCCUGUCGAACAGACAAAGUGACAACUGUGAAAACAUUGAUAGUUUAGCAUGACAGAUUUUCCUUGGAAUCUCCGGUGGAAUAACAGACUUCUUCGGGGCAUCAGACAAACACGCAGACACUCUGGAGGGACGUUAAAGGAGUGGAUCGGUGCCUCUCCAACACGAUAAAUGAAACUUCAGCGCUGUGAUACUUGUUUGUCUCGUGGCUCUUCAAGGAUGAUGUUCGGGAGUUCAACAAAGGAAGGUGUCAUGGAUUGCACCUCCCUAAGCCUUUAUCCUGUUGAACUGCGGCAGCCGUCAGUCUGACUAUGGGAUGCCUCAGUCAUUUUCUUUCUUCACGCGUUCAAAUGAGUUCAUUGUAGAUAUGUUAGACGUUAUACAUACACAGUUGCGUGCGAGCUUGAAUUAAUUGUGGAAGAAAGGAGAGCACACUUUUGCAAAGAAUGCCUUGAAGUGGUGGUUAAGUUCUUUGGAGU